AUGUCGUCUCGGAGGAAAUUCCGCAGAUCGAGCUCGCUCUCCUCCUCUGCUGCGUUGUCCUCGUUGUUAACGUGAUUCCCGAGUUCUUUUUCGUCCGCCCGCACAUUAUCCGGAUGUCCUUCAUCGAAUGCGCAACGCUCCUGCUUCCCAACGCGCCCUUCCUCCUCAUCACCCUCGUCGCUCUUCUCCUUCAUGGUUCAAAUCGGGGCCGUGGAGUGUCGGUUGUGGAGAAACGAUUGCAGGAUAUUCGUCGACCGGGAUCUACGAAAUCUACGCCUCGAUCCCACCCAUUUUUGUAGAUCGCUUGCUCUGUCUCCCAACCUCCGUCUCGUCGAACUCUGGAAUCGCUCUCGCAGGGUGUUUUAUCUCAUCCGCUACCACCGCUGCUGCAUGCAAACGCUGCCCUGCAGGAGUCGCACAUCACGAUAACAAGAUCGCUUCGUCACAACCGCAGCUGCGCGAGUUGCUCCUCCCCGUCACGCUCAAGCAAAGGCUGCCCGUUGGUGCUCGCGGGAACCGAGAGGGGCUGGCAGAGCUAGUCGUAGCAGCGGCGGAGACAGCCGCCAUGAGCAACAACGAUGUGCUGUCGUGGAAGCGGGGCUGGAUACCCAGCGCCAUCGCGGUGUCCCUGCUGUUCCUGCCGCUUGAAUCCGUCGGUCUUGAGGUUUUCGAGCCGGGGUGGGAGCGGGGAAUAGCGGCAUUCGUGGCCCUGGAGGUCGUGCGGGUGGGAGCGGUAGCGUUACUGCCGUAUUGGUGGAGAGACGUCGCUAGGAGGACGGGUCCGUUGACGGACAGAAGCCGGGAGCAGUUCGGGGGGCAACUUACCUCCCUCCUGGUGUCCAGCUACCUCACCUGGAGCAUUAUUAGAUGGGACUGGCAGCUGACGAACAAGCUGCCUUUUAUUCAGACGGUGGGGGAGGACCACACGGGCGUGGUGUUCAGCCUGAUGGCGAUCAUGCUGUCGUACAUCGUGCACGACACUUGGCAUCUGGUGCGGUCGUGGCGGGUGAACCGCAACCGCGUGAUGCUUAUCCACCACUUCGUCUUCGCCGUCAUCAGCAUCAUGGGGAUGAGGUUCCGGCAGCUGCCGAUACACAUGCGAAUUCACUUCAUCAUGUUCUCGGCCGAGAUGUCAACCCCGCUCCUCAACGGGCGUUGGCUGAUGCGCCACAUCGGGCUCGUCCACAAGUCCCACGUCAUCAUGAUUGCGACUUCCUUCUCCUUCCUCGCGCUGUUCCUGGUAACAAGGAUACUGAUGUACCUCUUCAUGAUCCUCGACAUCAUCCAGCUCUACGCGGAGCUGAUAAUGCCGAUGCCCUUGCGCUCUGUCUUUCUGGGCGCGGUUGUCGUGUCGUACGUGGUCAACCUGUACUGGGCCUGGCUCAUCAUUGGCGCGCUGUUCGGGAACGAGGGCAAGCGGAGGGGGGGUCCAACGCUGACAGUGAACCACCCAGACACGCAGAAGAAGUCCAAGGACACAUGACGUCACAUUCUCGGGCCAUGCCGCAACCUACGUAUUUUUAGAUUUCGAUCUUGGAAGAGAGAUGGUUUUGUACCAUGUCCGUGCCCCGUGCUUGUUGGUGAGAGGCUUGUGCGAUCGGAUCGUUGUGUGCUUCUUUCGUGCUCUCCGGAGGAGGUCUUUAGGGUGGGAGGUGGGGGGUUGUUGAUGGUUGUCCUACCCUUUUGUGUGUUGACCAAGAUAAAUUAAGCAAAGUUUGGUGUAACAUUGUAAGGAGGGCUUAUGAUGUGGAGGAACUCAAGUCGAGACCCCUUCGCCUGUACGUUACGUGGGCGACGAUGGUGGUGUGGUCGGGAUUUUUUUUUGUUCACAUUUUUUUUUUUGUCAAAUGGCAGGCGUGAGGCCCUUCGGACAACACGCUGUAGGCGGUGGCGCCGCUCAUGGGUUUGUAGCUCGUGGGUUCUACACGAAUGACACGCUGUUCGCUUCACGAGUGCGCUAUGCAACCACCGAUGUGGUGGGGCCGGAGUACUACUUGCACGUGCAGGCUUUUCUUGGCACGUUUGCCUAUUGCUCGGCGAUGUCACACCCCAUUGCGCGUGCUCAGAAAAAAUUUAUCGGAUGUUUUUUGUUUUUUCGGCUGUGUUGCCCCGAUCUCCCCCCGUUGUAGACGUCGCUUAGCGCUCCGGCCAAGGCGAACCGCACAUGACGCACAUUUGGUACACUUAGUUUGCUGGGGAUGUGAUGAGCCGCGAGAAAUUUUUGUGUAUGCAUACAACAGCCUGCGAUUGCAGCUGGUAAGGUAGCAGUCUAGACUACAAGUUGAACGACGAACAGUCGAGGGCGAACAAAUGUUAAUGUUCGCGUCGAUUUUUCUGCCGUGCAACAUCAAUGUAUUUAGAUGUGCUUCGUACACUGGUCUGCCACACAAAUUUCACAAGGCAAACAUGCUCCUGCAGGGCCCGGUCCUGCGUCGCCGGUGUACAGAUAGUGUAGUCGCAAAGUUUGCCAUUUCAAUGGCAGAACUGAUU